AUGGAUAAGAAAGUGUGUGGAAUACUCCUUUCUGUAAAGAAUUCGUUUUCCAAUAAUUUGGACGCAAAAGGGAAUUAUCAAUUUACUAUGAAUGAAGGAAUUUUUAAAGAGUAUUGUAAUAGUAACGAAUGUGAUAAUAAUCUCAAAAAAAUUAAUGCUGGGUGUUUAUAUUUGCUUGACGCAUUUUUUAAGGAUAAUUCUGUGUUUAAUUCUGUUGCAAAAAGUAACAUCAAUAUUGUUGAUUACAUUAUGAUAUGGUUAAGUUAUGUGUUAAACCUAAUAAAAAAUGAAUAUAACGACAGUAUACAAUUUUUUUAUAAUUCAUAUGUAAAGGGUGAUAAUAAAUAUAAAGUGUCUAUAGCGAAGGGUACGGGAUAUAGUAAUUAUAAGGAACUUAUAGAAAAAAAAAAUCUGAUGAAUAUGAAUAUUAAAGAUAUAUCUAAAUUAUAUAAUGCAUUUACUACAUUAUGUAUGAUGCAUCUUGAAUUUGAUAAACAGAAGCCAAAUUGCAAUAAAUAUUUGAAUAAUGCCAAAAAUUUUGUUGACCAAUAUAAAAAACUUAAGCAAGAUACUAGUAUUACUGAAAACAAUUCAUAUACUCAACUAUUGUGUACUUUAUCAACUGAUUAUGAUAAUUUUAAAAAGAAAUAUGAUGAUAUUCAAAGUUGCAAUUCUUCACCUCUUCCAACGAUAGAAAAACCAGAAAAAUGCAUACAAAGUUUUGAACGAAGUUCUCAACUAAUUCUUGAAAAACUUUCUGAAGAUGCACCAUCAAGCUCGUCGACAGCAAGCAAAUUAUUUAUAGUUUUAUCAUUAUUUGGUGCAAUAGCAUUUUUUUUAGGAAUUUCUUAUAAGUAUUCGUUAUUUGGAUUUCGGAAACGAUUUCAAAAACAAAAAUUAAGAGAAAAACUAAAAAAUAUAAAGAAGAGAAUGAACCAAUAA